AUGACGAUCAGGAUCGGCUACUACUGCUUGCUCGGCCUCUUGGUCCCUCUGGUGAUUGACAUCUCUGUAUGCGCUGGCGCCUUCCAGGCUCCAGCUUCCCCUCUCGGUGCAAGAGCUAGAAGUUCACUGCCAUCAUCCUGCUGCAGUGCCAAGAGGCUGGAGGAAGGUCGGGAGGAUCCCCACAGGAUCUUCGUGGGGGGGACCUCGUACCAGGAUAGGGCGUCGCUCCUCCGUGCAUACUUCGAGCGAGCAGGAAGCAUUCGUCAGGUCGAGCAAUCUUCACGAGGAUAUGCCAUCAUCUCCUUCGAGGACGAGGCCUCUUGGUCUCGUGCUCUGUCCCUUCCCUGUGACGAGAGUCUGUUCAAGGAGAUCCGGCCAGCAAGACCUCUCAGUCGAAAGCACACUGACGACAGGAAGGCGGAGACUGCAGAAGUAGAGGAGGGUUACGAUGUUGCGUUGCUCGUGCCGUACACUCAUUCUCAUCGGGUUAGGGAAAUGGUCUCUGAACUUCUUGGCUCCUCCCUCGACCACGCAAGCAUCGUCCCAGCCUAUGAAGAGCGGGUGAAGAGAGUCAACUUCGUCCUCCUCAGGCUCCAUUUCCCAGCUUCAGCAUCCUCUUGGAGCUUGCAGCACCGAACGGAGCAGAGUCGAAGGGCAGCAGAUGUCAUAGUUGAGAACGCAGCGAUGCAGUCCGUGAUUCAUCGCGUCUUCAUCCUGGACAGGGAGGUGGGGAAGGCUGUGGGAAGCCUGGAGGAAGGGCUCUUGUGUCUUAGCAGGCAGAUCGCCUACUGGAACUGCUCUCGUCCUGAAGCAGGAGGAGAGGCUUCUUGCCAGAGCCUUGGAGGGUGUCACCGGCGAUGCUGGUGGAGGGACCUGGCUCCUGUGUCAGUCCGAGUCUCGUCAUCCCCUACCAUCUCCACACAGCUCUGCGUAGAGUUCCUGGAGAGGAGGGGUGUGGCAUGCUCUCCUCAGCACUACAACCUCAUCGCAUCCAUCGUGCAGCUGCCGGGCAACAAGUUCUAUACAGGAGUUGCCGAGAAGACAAGAGCAGUGGACCAGGUUCAGGUACCUCAGCUGUCUCCAGUCUCUCGCGCCUUCCUCAAGCUCGAGGAGGUGUUUGUUCGCUGGAAUCAGCCUCUCCCUGCGAGCAUCAUGGCUCUCGAUGCAGGAAGUGCCCCUGGAGGAUGGAGCAAGUGGCUCGUGGAGCAUAGAGCUAGGACGGUGAUUGCGGUGGACCCAGCAGAAAUGCUCUACAGGCCGGAGAACGAGCGAGGGGAGGGCGAAGACGGCGGAGAGAGCGUCUCUUUUAGGCAUAUGAAGAUGACCUUGCAGGAGAGUAUCCCAGUGCUGCAGCGGGAGGGAUUCAGAUUCAACUUGUUCGUGUCUGAUAUGUACUUGAGCCCGAAGAUGUCCGCCGUCGAUGUUUUCAACGAGGUGAAUGACGAUGAUGAUUGGGAGGAGGAAGAUGAGGAGGACGUGAAGGAGAUGCGUCAGACUGAGGUUGUCGUCUUGUAG